UAGAAAAAUGCUUUACGACAAAGUGUUGGAGAUUAACAAGUCCAGGACAAACUGGGCUUUACGAUUGAGGCUGAUUCGAGCAUACACUACUCCAUCUUUCAGUAACAAAAGUAUCACAAAUACUUUAGAGUGCAUCUUCCAUGAUUCUGAGGGGGACAGAGUGCAUGCCACAAUACGUCGUGAGAGAGUUAUGCAUUUUAAAGAAAGUCUCAAGGAAGGACAAUUGUAUAGUGUUAGGAACUUCAUUGUGGCACCUAAUGACAUGAAGUACAAGACAACGACACUAGCGUACAAGAUUCUCUUCAACCACAAGACCAUGGCAGUUGACAUCAUUGACGGAAACUUUCCUACUUUCCUGUUCAACUUUAAACCAUUUGUCAAGCUUGCAUAUGCAAAU